GAGUUACCCAAAACGCAGCAUCAGCGGUGGCCAUGAGAACCAGAUAGAGGCUGGGCCACAGGCAGGCGGUUCCGCUAUCUGCUGCCUGACAACACCAUGACCGUCAUACGCACGUUGCAGAGCGCUGUUUAAUUGUUGUGACACUCGCCCGCUGGUUUAGGGAGCUUCAUAACGGUACCGGACAGGUGAAGUUUGCCUUGAGUGGCGUCGCAUAGCUUCGCCUGUGGCUUCGAAACGUUGUAAGCUAAAUUAAGUUUAAUAAGCUAACGUUAUAGUCAACUCUCCCCCAGCAGCUAGCAGUUCUGGCCACAAGUGCCGACCGACACCGCCGCUUGUCGCUCGUCUCUUGCUGCUUUUAUAUAGUCAAAAUUAGCUCUGCAGAGAGACAUGCCGUUCUUCGCUCGUUAAUAUAUGGUGAUCCCAGCUAACUCGCGUUGCUGCUUUUCCCGCGGAUGUGGUUGGUCAAGAUAGCAAUGCGGGACCACAUUGUUUCUGAUCGGCUCUCCGGCUUCGGAUUACUGCACUCCGCGGAACUGCAACGGCGUGAGUUAUCGCGUUUCGCACAAUGAGUGAUCAUUAUGGAGAUGUCAAGGGUCAGCUCGGGCAGAUGAAAUCACUGGGCGAGGAUGCAGAGAAGGAGGAAGUGGAUCCCGAAGAAAAUAUGCCCGUGUCUUCUCCCUCCGCCUCACCAGAUCCCGCCAGCUGCUGCAUCACCGCCGCCCCUGGGACGGAUGCACUGUCCACCAAUAUUUGCAAGCAGAAGGUGAAAAGAAGCGGCAGGAAUCCUUGCGGGAAACCCUUGCAGGGAUUUCCAGCUCACGCUGUGAAAAACAUCAGCAGUCCUAUCUGUGAGCGAACCCUCCUCAUCAAGGGGACGGGGAAGAUCCUGCAAGGCAAGUCAGCAGAGAGUAACGGAAACUACGCUGCCGCCCACGAAUCCAGCAACACACGGGAAACACGCUGCGAGGAUGAAUUCAAGCUUCCCAUGAAGGGAAGGCCUGUGACGGUGGACACAUCUAAAGCCAAAACCUCCCUGGGAGCCGUGAAGCUGAGCAUCAAGGAGCUACAGUGGAAAGAGUUUCACACAGGAAGACGUCCGGCAUGUGAUAUCUACUGGCACGGUGUUAACUUCCACGACAGUUAUAUUAUGUCAGGACAAGUCAACAAGUUCCCAGGGAUGGUGGAGAUGCUGAGGAAGAUCAACCUGAGCAGAGCGGUUCGGACCAUGCAAGAGCUUUUCCCAGAAGAGUACGACUUCUAUCCGCGCUCCUGGAUCCUGCCUGAAGAGUACGAGCAGUUUACCACAGAGGUGAGGGAGGGCGACAUCGUGGGGAGCCCGACUUACAUCGUCAAGCCCGACGGGGGAUCGCAAGGGGACGGCAUCUACCUCAUCCGAGACCCCUGCGAUCUGAAGCUGGUGGUGGGCACGCAGGUCAAACAAGUGGUGGUGCAAGAAUACAUCGACAAGCCGCUGCUCAUUGACAAGCUCAAGUUCGACAUCCGCCUCUACGUGCUGAUAAAGUCCAUGCAGCCGCUGGAGAUCUACAUCGCCAAAGAAGGCCUGACGCGCUUCUGCACCGAACCGUACCAGGAGCCAAGCCAGAAGAACCUGAACCGCGUCUUCAUGCACCUAACCAACUACUCGCUUAACGUUCAAAAUGGCAACUACGUCCACUCGGACAACCAGAACACGGGCAGCAAACGGACGCUCUCCAGUGUGCUCUACAGGCUGUCAGCCAAGGGCGUGGACAUCAAGCGUGUCUGGUCGGACAUCAUCGCCCUCGUCAUCAAGUCCGUCAUCGCCGUGCUGCCGGACCUUAAAGUCCACUACCAAGCCAAUAUACCGCCUACUAAGCCAGGGCCUACUUGUUUCCAGAUACUAGGCUUCGACAUCCUGCUGAUGAAGAACCUGAAGCCGGUAUUACUAGAGGUCAACUCCAACCCCAGUAUGAGAAUAGGACAUGAGAAGGAAGUGAGUCCAGGAGUUUUCGAGUACAUUCGCAGUCCAGUAGAUGAGCAGGUGAAAGUGGGGGUGAUCAGGGACACGCUGCGCCUCAUGGAUCCCUUCAACAAGAAACUGACAGCGACUCCUCAGCCAAGAGGAGGUGGGUCCGAUCCUGUGGAGCUGAUCCCAGUGGACGGCGACUUUCAAUGCAGUCCAGAUGACACGGGUAAUCUGCCUCCGCUGUGCUUGAAGCAGGUCUACCCGAAGUACACCAAACAGUUCUGCCACCUGCGGCUGGUGGAGCGAAUCGCCACUCUCUUCAUUCGCUUCCUCAGGGUGAAGGGCAACCUGCGCCUCGGCCCCACUGCCUUCCGAAACUUCAUCAGGACUUGUAAACUGAGCAACAGCAAUUUCACCAUGGCCUCAGUGGACAUCUUGUAUAUUGACAUCACACGUCGAUGGUCCUUCGCCUUGGCCGACUCCCGAGAAGCAGGGAUGGGACUGCAGGCAUUCGUGGAAGUCUUUUUCAACCUGGCGGGGCGGCGGUUCAAAUCCCUCGCGCUGAGGGAGCGGGUGGUGUCCCUGCUGAACCUGUGCGAGUCUCGCCUGGGGCCGCAGUCCGACGCCGAGGAAAGACGCUCGCUGAGCUGCAGCAGGGCGCUGCCGCGAGGCAGCAGGACCCCAGCGCUCUACCUCCCCCGCCCUCGGCCCAUCUCUGCGGCCGUGCACCGGAGGGCCACGAGCCAGGACUGCCGGCCGCAUCAAAGACCAAAGCCUUGCACACUCAGGGCAAACGUGGAGAACUGAUGAGAGGGAACCGGCCGUUCAAAACCCGCUGCAUCGCCUUGGACCCUCUCCACAGGAGCGAGCGGGGAGGAGGGAUGUUUAAGGGUCCAUUUCUCCUCCGCAGAGUCUGAGAAGGGCUAGUCGACCCCUGCUGCCUGGCUUGUCGGCGCACUGCUCUCUGCCUGAUUGCUUUUUUUUUUUCCUUUUGAGGAGGAAGAUGGCCUCGGAAGGGGGAGGGUUUGGGAAUGAAAUGGUAAUGGAGGCUGGUAGAUUCCUUCCUCUCCUCUUUGUUGGAUCACACGUUCAGGAGGAGGUUGUGGCUGCCUUUUAUGUACCGUUUGGUUCUAAAGGGCAGCUACUUGCUUCCCUGCUCUUCUGUCUGACUACGUCUCCAAUAAAACCUUUGUAUGUUUUUUUAUGUUUUUUUUCCCCCCAGGAAGCAUAGUAGAUAUUUUAUAUAAGUUAAUUCACACAGAUCACACAUAAACAAGUGGGUGUAAGGGAGCAUCCUGUGUAUUAUACACUUGCGUCAUGAUGUCAUUUAAAAUAGUUUUUUUUUUUGUUUUGUUUUCCAGUAAUUCAAUUGAACUCUCAAAUAUCAUGUACUUAAUAACCCAAAAUGAAGUUUAUCAGAGAAUAAAUUGUACUGAACUAGCUAUGUCAGCUAAACAUUUACUGUACAGUACAUGUAUUCAAUUAUUUCAUGAUUCCUUUUUGCAUCAGUAACCCCGGCCUCUCUGGGUUUUGCUCAACAACCUCCCUGUUGCUUUAGCACUUUUUCCUCCCACUGAACUUUCCAUGUUAAUAUACUUGGAUAGAGCCAGACCCUUUUUGUCAGAAGUGUCCAAAAGUCACCAAGUUCUAAGUGUUGUGGGCCACAAAAAAAAAAAAAACUGAAGUCAAAAUGUGAUAUUUAUAUUUUCAAACACUGAUUGGGAUUUAUGAAUCAUUUGAAACACAAAAUGAGUCGAGGAAUUUUGACUCGUUACACGAGAGGCAUACAUGAUAGAUAUUUUGAGUUUGAAUCUAUUUUCAGCAACAGGUGUGUGUCACUGCUCACUUUUUCUUCAAAGAAAAUAAAACCCAAACUCUUGCUGUGUUUAUUAUAGGUUAAGGUUAUUAAAUGAGUCACCGGGGCCUGCUUUUGAGUCACUGGAUGUUUCUGGUCCUGCUUAUUUGAAAAAAAAAAAAAGUGAAAAAAAAUUAAGAUUAAUGAAACAUGAACACUAUAGAAUUAUACAUUUUUUUACUUUAAGAUAUCUAUCUUUUUUUCUUUUUUUUUUUUUUUACUUGGUCAUAUGUAACACUCUUAAUUUUCUGACGGACUGAACUUGGGUUCUCGUUAGCUAUGAGCCAGGAUGAUCGAACUAACCAAGUUUAACAGUUUGAAUUGAAAUACUCAAAGUAUCUUCCAUCAUACUCUUGAAUUAUUGAUAUGCACCCGUAUUAAUGAAUUUGCACAGCAGCUAUGUACGCGUAUAUUUUGCACAGAGCUUGACGAAAAGCCGCCUGGGCUUCUGCGCGCGCACACAUUGCUGAAAUGUGCUACUAGUGUGUGUUUAUGCUCGGUACUGUAUUUAUUUUGUGUUCAGCUCAGUAGUGAAAAAAAACCUCCUGACAUCAAGUGGCUCAGCUGUUAGUCCUCCAUGAGCCCAUUAGUGAUGAGUUAAGUGAAUAAGCAUUUCACUUAUCCUCUUUCGGUUCAGCAAGCUAUUCCUGUCGGCAGCCUCAGACCUCCCCGUCGGUGACUUUUUAGGUUGAUUACUUUUUAGUGACGAAACUGCCACAGGGCGUCAAUAUUUCAAAAUAAAACGUGAAUGCAUGGCUUAAAAACAUGAAAUAAUAAAAAAAAUAUAUAGUUUCCUGAAGGAGACGUGGAGAACUUUUGCACACCAAAAAGUCCCACAGGAAAGCAUGAUGGAUGCCAAGUUUAAAUGUCACUGUUAUAUCAAAACAUUGCUACAUGUUUUUUCCUCACCUUUUGCACCGUUAUUAAGAAUGGAUUUGUCACAUGCAAACGAAGAAUUAACUAUCUGCAGUGUGGGCAGCUGUGAAAACACAAAGUGGAUUAACCUAAAAGUUUUUUUUUUUUCUUUC